AUGCACUUAACAUGCGGACGCGUUGAUAGCUUCGGGACACUCUCAUCUUCUCCCGCUCUCUCCUCGUUCCCCCGGUUCUCCCCCAUCUCUUUCCGCUCAUUCCUCAUCUCCUUACCGCUCACCUCUUUGCUCUUUGCUCAAUUCGCCCUACUCUCCCCUCGUUUCCCCCACCCCACCUCCCCUCUUCCCCCCCUCCCCGCUUUCAUCUCGUCUUCUUAUCGCUCACCCCUCAUCUCCUUUCUGUUCUUCACUCAGUUCUCCCCGCUAUUUCCUCGUUCCCCCCUACUCUCUUCCUUUCAUCUCGUCUCCUUACUGCUCACCCCUCAUGUCCGCUCUGCUCGUUGCUCAAUUAUCCCCGCUCUCCCCCCUUCCCCCCACUCCUCCCCCCUCCUCCCCGCUUUCAUCUCGUCUCCUUACCACUCACCCCGCAGGUCCCCUCUGUUCUUAGGUGAUUUCGCGCUGUUCUCCCCUCGUCCGCAUCCCUCUGUAAGCCCGUCUCCCCUCCGCUCUCCUCUCACCUCCCCCCCCCCUGUUCACCCCUCAUAUCCCCUUCUUUCCCUUUAUUUGUCUACCUCCCCACCGCAUUCCCCCCAUCACUCAUCCCUCGUUUUCCCCCGCUCUUUCCGCAUCUUCUCCAGCUCUUUCCGCAUCCCCCCAAGCUCUUUCCGCAGCUCUUUCCGCAUCUCCCCCUCCCCCCACCUCUCCCUCCCACCCUUUCCAACCAUUCAACCGUGGCGUCGCCUGAUUAUAUUGACUUCUCCUUUCCCCGCUCUGCCCCCAACUCCCCUCCGCUCUUCCCGCAUCUCCCCCGUCCGUUCACCCCCUUUUCCCCACCACUGGCCGCAGGAGGAGGAGGAGGAGGAGGAGGAGGAGGAGGAGGAGGAGGAGGAGGAGGAGGAGGAGGAGGAGGAGGAGGAGGAGGAGGAGGAGGAGGAGGAGGAGGAGGAGGAGGAGGAGGAGGAGGAGGAGGAGGAGGAGGAGGAGGAGGAGGAGGAGGAGGAGGAGGAGGAGGAGGAGGAGGAGGAGGAGGAGGAGGAGGAGGAGGAGGAGGAGGAGGAGGAGGAGGAGGAGGAGGAGGAGGAGGAGGAGGAGGAGGAGGAGGAGGAGGAGGAGGAGGAGGAGGAGGAGGAGGAGGAGGAGGAGGAGGAGGAGGAGGAGGAGGAGGAGGAGGAGGAGGAGGAGGAGGAGCAGCAGCAGCAGCAGCAGCAGCAGCAGCAGCAGCAGCAGCAGCAGCAGCAGCAGCAGCAGCAGCAGCAGCAGCAGCAGCAGCAGCAGCAGCUACUGGGUGGCCGAGGGCCAUUUCUCAUCUUUUCCCGCUCUUUCCUCGUUCCCCCCCUCCCAGUCCCCCCUUUCCCCCUCGCCCAUCUCUUUCUGCUUCUUCCUAAUCUUCUUACCCCUCACCCCUCAACUCCCCUCUGCUUUUCGCUCAUUUCUCUCUGCUCUCCGCUCGUUUCCCACCCUCCUCCCCCCCCCCCCCCCCCACCCCCCUUCCCCUCUUGCCCUUCCCUUCCUCCCCGCUUUCACCUCAUCGCCUUGCCCUCUUUGCGCGUUUCUCAAUUUUCCCCACUCUCCCCUCGGUUCCCCUCCCCACCCCCCUUCCCCUCUUCCCCUUCCCUUCCUCCCCGCUUUCAUCUCAUCUGCUUGCCACUCAUUCCUCUGUCCUCGGUCCUCUGUGCUCUUUGUUCGAUCCCCCCCGUUACCGCGCACGAUGGUAAAUCAAGGAAAGGUGAGCAGUAUGGGAGUGUGCGGGGUGGGGGAGGAGGGGGGAGAGGUGGGGUGGUGGGGUCCUCUCUGCUCGUUUCUCAAUUCUCUCCGCUCUCCCCCCUGUUCCCCUCCCUUCCACCCCCUCUACCCCCUCCCUCAACCCUCCUCCCCCAUCCCCAGCCGCAGCAGCAUUGUCAAGAGCAGCAGUAUCGAGAGCCUUGCCGCAUCUUUGGGAUACAAAAACGCUUCAGGUCAUAG